AUGGAUUUGAACCUGAUAUCUAUAGUAAAGAAGCGUUUCAUCGACGCAAUCCGCGAUGUACAACCCCCAAAUAAAUGGAAAGUCCUUAUCGUCGAUGCGCCAACAGCGGCCUUGAUCAACAAUGUCACUAAGUUGUAUGACCUUCUGGAGGAGAACGUAACGGUGGUGGAACACAUCGAGAACCGCCGGAAUGCGUCACAGACAUUCGAGGCGGUUUACCUCCUAAGUCCGGAGCCGUGGGUAAUUGAUGCUGUCAUCUCAGAUUUCGCUAGAGCGCAGCCGAAGUAUGCUGCGGCUCAUCUGUUCUUCACAUCAGCACUUGACGAUCGCCUUCUGGACAAACUCACGCAAUCGCCAGCUGGACCACGGUUGAAGACUGUUAAAGAGCUGUUCGUCGACUUUUACCCCUCAGAAGCACAGACGUUCACUCUGAGAGAUCCGAGGUCGUUCUUGAAGCUUUACAAUCCGGAGUGUAAGUCGCUGGUCGACCGUGAGCUGCAGAGAUUGGCUGGCAAGCUUGUUGCAGUCUGUGCCACCAUGGGCGAGUUCCCCGUUAUUCGUUACCAGAAGCACCAAAACCCAACGCAUCCAGCACAGACCUUAUCAGAACGGCUUGCAAAAUCUCUUCAGCAGCAACUCGACGGCUACGCACGAACGAAUUCAGAUUUCCCUCCACCAUCGCCGAGACCACGGGGUGUCUUCUUCGUUUUCGACCGCUCACUAGACCCCUACGCCCCACUCCUCCACGAGUUCACAUACCAAGCAAUGGCUCAGGAUCUCCUACCAAUCCAAGAGGGAAAGAAGUACGUGUACGAAAUCAAAGGAACAACGGGUGAAAUGGAGGAGAAGGAAGCGGAGUUCUCCGAGGAAGAUACAGUGUGGACGAGUGUCCGACAUAUGCACAUGCGCGAAGCAAUCGACAAUCUCAUGUCCUCCUUCAACAAAUUCGUCACCGAAAACACCAACUUCACAGACUCCGAAAAAGCCACAAGUUUGAACGAUAUGAGGGAUAUGCUGGCAAGUCUCCCGGAGUUCCAGGAGAUGAGGGAUAGGUUCUCGUUGCAUUUGAGUAUGGCGGAGGAAUGCAUGAAUUUGUUUCAGAAAAAUAAGUUGCCGGAGGUUGGGUUGUUGGAGCAGGCGGCGAGUACGGGGUUGAAUUCGGAGGGGAAGGUACCCAAGGAGAUUGCGGAGGCGUUGGUGCCAAUAUUGGAUGACCCCGCGGUUGGAGCAGCGGACCGAUUGAGGCUGAUCAUGCUCUAUCUCAUUUUCAAGGAUGGAUUGUUUGUGUCGGAUCGGGCGAAACUGAUACAGCACGCUGGUCUGGGUAAACGUGACCGCGAGGCUCUCGAGAACCUGGUCUUGCUCGGUAUUCGGGUGAAUAGGACGUUGAACGAUAAACCGUCACGGCCAAAACCGAAUAAGAAGAGACCGGCGGAUGAGGAGGAGCCGUAUGAGUUGUCGCGGUUUGUACCGGUGUUGAAAAGUGUCUUAGAUGAGCAUAUCAAGGGGACGCUUGAUCCUGUUGCGUUCCCGUAUAUCAACAAUAUUCCUGGUCCGGAGGCGAUGACGGCGGCGCCUGCUGGUGCUGGUGCUGGUGCUGGUGCUGUUGCUGUUGCACAACAAGCUCAAGGAUCUCUCCGUUCUGCGCGGCCAACGUGGGCAAAGGCGAAGAGUCAAGCAGGUGGUUAUGUCGAACCAAGACAACGCGUCUUGGUCUUCAUCGCAGGUGGAGCAACAUACUCGGAAGCACGCAGCGUAUAUGAGCUGAGCGCCAAACAUAACAGAGACGUUAUCCUAGGCUCCACAGAGAUGUUGUCGCCCGCACAAUGGCUUAACCAGUUAUCGUGUGGAAGACUCCCUCGGGAGCGGUGCGGACUCGAGGAGGAUCAGCCGCCGAAGCAGUGUCCACGACAUCUGUUGGAACCUGAUCCGCCGGCGAAUAUGCCACCUCCUCAGGUGCCCGCACAGAAGCCGAUGAUGGCGCCUCCGGGUGCGGGUGGGCUUGUGAAGGGACAUAAAGCGAGUCCGAGUGUGAGUAGCGUGAGUAAUUGCAAAGACGGGAAAGAGAAGAAAAAGAAGAAGUUUGGGUUGUUUUAG